AUGCUGCUUAGUGUUUCCUUUCUGGUCAUUCCCCUGCUGAGCAUAACCGGCUGCGGCUCGUCGUACGUGCCGUGCGAGCCGUGCGAUCAGAAGGCCCUGUCCAUGUGUCCGCCGGUGCCGGUGGGCUGUCAGCUGGUGAAGGAACCCGGUUGCGGCUGCUGCCUGACGUGCGCGCUCGAAGAGGGUCAGCCGUGCGGCGUGUACACCGGGUCGUGCACGCGCGGACUCCGCUGCCUGCCCAAGAACGGCGAGGAGAAGCCGCUGCACGCGCUCCUGCACGGCCGUGGGGUGUGCAGGAACGAGAAGUUGUAUAAAAUGAUGCACACCUCAAAAGGCGGAGAAUCUCACGAUGGCGCCCUGAUACCCAUCGAGUCGAUGCUGCCCCAAACUAAGGUGCCCAUACACGGAGGAGACCGCAUCAACAGUCUAAAGGUCCUCGCGAUGAAACAGGCCAAGGACCGCAUCAAGCAGCUGGCCAGGCUGGGACCUGCCAGCAACCUGGAUCUCCCUUCUCACAGCUUGGAUAAACUGGAGCCUGAGUUUGGCCCCUGCAGAAGAAGACUGGAUAAUGUCACUCAGAGCAUGAAGGACGCUUAUCGGGUCUUGGCUCUCUCUUUGUACAUCCCCAACUGUGACAAGAAGGGUUUCUUCAAGCGCAAACAAUGCAAGCCGUCUCGUGGUCGUCGGAGGGGGAUCUGUUGGUGCGUGGACCGGUUCGGCGUGAAAAUCCCCGGCAUCAACUACGCCGGAGGAGACCUGCAGUGCAAAGAUCUUGACAGCAGCAGCAACAGCAACGAAUGA